AUGAUAGAGCUUGGAAUAAUAAGCAGCGUGAGGCUGCUGAUGUGUGUUUGGGACUUGUUUCGAGGUUACAGGAAAUUUAGGUUCCAUAAUGUGAAGCGUGUUGUUCCUAAGAGUAGGAGGAAGGCGGUUUGGAGUGCUCCACCGACUAGAAUUGUGAAAAUAAAUGUGGAUGGAUCAUUUCAUCAUUUGACUCGUCAAGGUGGUGUAGGUUUUGUGAUUCGGGAUGAUCAAGGGGUAAUGUUAGCAGGAGAAGCCUGGCCAGUGCGGGGUUUAUACUCGCCUGAGCAUGCGGAGAUCUUAGCAUGUAAUUAUGCUUUGCAGUUUGCUUUGGACCAAGAUUUUGGACCCUUCAUCUUGGAAACAGACGCAUUGGAAGUGCAAAGGCAACUCCCAAUGAACGGCGUAGCCAACACUUCGGUGCUGGGCCGUAUUUUUGAUGAUGUGGUUUUGCUCUUGGAGUCCCAGUCUAUAUUGGGAGUGAAGCACAUAGGGAGAAGUGGAAACACGGUUGCCCAUCAGAUGGCCAUGUAUGCUUGCUCUCUUAGACAAGAACAAUUUUUCUUUUCUGCACCAUCUUUUCUGUUGGCUGCAAUUGCAGCAGAUCAUUGA